AUGUUUUGGUGGGCAGUCUUUGCCUUGGUGGUUUGUGUGGAAGCCGGACCAAUCACCAUAAUUUCUUCUGUGAACAAGAAUCACGGGCAGAAAAAUAACGCUGACGUAUUCGAUGCAUCACGAAGAAAUGGAUUGUCCAGCUUUGAAGAAGAAAACGGCUUCAAUAGAAACAACGAAGUAAAAAUCAUCAAGGGUCAAGAUUCCGGCAAGUUCGAUGAAGAAUCCAAUGACCAUAAAGACCGAGUAAACGAAGAAAACUAUCAAGAUGAGAAAUUUCGUAAGAAUGCUGGUGUAGAUUCCAAGGAGUUUGGUAACAAACAGAAGCAUCACAAGGGACACCACAAAAGUGGUUUUCACAAUUCCUAUCACAAUGAUGAAAGCGGAAGGACCUUUGGUGACUUUAGCAACCACCGUCAAAAGGCUGAAGACCGUAACGCCAACCACUACGCCAACGACAGGGAAAAACAUCGCAAUUACAACAACGGGGAAGCUUUCAACCAAGACCAAGGUCAAAACAGACAAUACAACCAACGAAAAUACUUUGAUGACAGGGAGGAAGCUGCCAGAAACAAUGGACGCAACAACUUUGACGUAGGAAGAGAUUAUCACCAAGAAGAAUUCGUAGAAAGACCGUAUUACAACGAACGUUACGUCCCAGAAGAAGAUUACUACUACGAUGGCCCCCAGCAACACCCGAUUCGAAACCCAUUGCCGCCGACAAGAACCAUAACGGUCUACGAGGAUCCUAGAUAUAUCGACAGGAGAUACGACCAUAGACCUGCGUAUGACCAUGACGACAUUCAUUUGGAUUUUAGAAGACCCCCCAGAUAUAAUUCGAGGAUACCUUAUGAUGAUUAUUAUUAAGUUUAUAUUUAAAGAAUUUUCCUGCC